AUGUAUGUAAGGCUUUCAACUAGAAACCACCAAUACUGGAAGAAAAGAAACAUUCCUUAUGUGAAACCAAUUCCCCUAUUUGGGUGUCUUUUAGAAACCUUCAGAAAGUCACUCCAUAUUAUUGAAGUAGAAAGGUAUAAAAAGUAUGGAGCAGUAUACGGGCACUAUGAAGGUACAUAUCCAGUUAUUUCUAUAGCGGAUCCAACGUUGCUUAAGAAGAUUUUUGUGAAGGAUUUUCAUGCUUUUACCUGUCGAAGAACUUUUGAGACUGGAGAACCAGUUAUGGAUAAAAACGUGUCAAUAGUAAAAGGCGAAGAUUGGAAACGAAUUCGUUCAAUCAUUACUCCAACGUUCACCUCAGGAAGAUUGAAGAGGAUGAUGAGCAUUUUUAAAGAAUGCUCCCAAGUGUGUGUGAAUAAUUUCAUGAAGUACGCAGAAUCCGGUGAGCCUAUAAAUUUAAAAACAUAUUUUGAAGCUUUUACGAUGGACGUCAUUGCGAGUGCUGCAUUUUCUACAAAAAUUGACUCGAUUAAUGAUCCAAAAAACAAGUUUGUUGGGGCAGCAAGAGAUUUAUUCAAGAACGUUCGGAAUGACUUCCUUCAAUUACUUCUGGAUACAGCGAAAGAAGUACAAGAUCAGGAAAGUCAAGAAACUUCUGAUGAUUUAACUGCAAUUUCAAAUAUUGAAGUUGUAGCUCAAUGUGUGACUUUCUUCGUUGCUGGAUUCGAUGCCACAGCAUCCACUCUUUCAUUUGCAUUCUAUCUUUUGGCUCUCAAUAAAGACGUCCAGGAAAAGUUGAUUGCUGAAAUAGAUGAAGUUUUAAAAUCGGAAGGUGGAAAACUUAAUUACGAAGCUAUUCAAAGUAUGAAAUAUCUGGACAAUGUGAUCUCAGAGACUUUACGAUUAUAUCCACCUGCUGUAAGAAUAGAAAGGGUAGCGGAUGAAGAUUAUGAUCUAGGAUACAAGGGAAUAAAGAUUCCAAAAGGCAUGCUGGUGUCUAUUCCAGUCUUUGCGAUCCACAACGAUCCGAAAUAUUACCCAGAUCCAGAGAAGUUCGACCCGGAUCGCUUUUCUCCAGAAGAGCGAGCUAAAAGAGACCAAUUAAUUUUCAUGCCAUUCGGAUUUGGACCACGGAACUGUAUUGGUAUGAGGUUUGUUCUAAUGCAGAUCAAAGUUUGCCUUGCUUUCUUGCUCAGUAAUUUCCGAUUCAAAAGGUGUGCCCAGACAAGAGUUCCUAUGGAAUUUCUUGCCGCACAGUUUUUGUUGCAGCCUAAGGACAUUAUGAUAAAGCUGGAAAUUAGAAAAGAUGGCCUCAAAUCUAGUUAAAAUGUUUAGCUGCAAUUUCGAGGUUACGUGUGCUUGUGUAUAUGUUAUAGGUUUUCAAUCAUCUGGCUAAUCACAACCGAAAGAAGAGCAUACAAAUGUCUGUAUAUUAUGCUAAAGCAUACGCAUUAAGCUUUAUAUUCAACUAGUGGUACCCGCACGGCUUUGCCCGUAGUAGAAAAUUAAAAGGCCAUUUGGUUCUCAUGUAUAUUUACUAAUAAUGGAUGAUGAAUUUCUCGCCAAUUAGCUAUGUUCAUUUGCUUGCCCAUGUUACGGUUCCAGUUUAUGAUAAUUUGGUAAUUUACUUUCCCACGUUGUGAUAAUUUGCUCGGUAAAAUGUUCCUAAAAUUGGAAUAAAAAAAGAACGCAAUCGAAUUUUUUGAAAAAUCGCUUCGAGUUGCACACCCCAUGCUGCAAACUAACUUAUGCUAAAUUUCAUUAAAAUCCGCCGAACGGUCUAGGCGCUAUGCGCGUCACAGGGAUCCAGAUAUCCAGACAGACAGAGAGACUUACAGCUUUAUUAUUAGUAAAGAAGACAUUUUUUGAUGUAGUAUGAAAUAAUUGUUUCGCAAGGUAGUUUUUUAUUAAAAAGUAGAUAAAUAAAUUUUCUUUGAAAAUUAUAGGGUAAGGCAUUGUUCCUUCGGCCCUUUUUGAAACAAAUGUUUUUACCUUUACUUGGGUAAAUGUUAUAUUAAAAAUGUAAGUAAAAUCUCAUUACUUACCAUUUGAGGACUCUAUAAGCACUUCAAAACUACAAAUACGCUGUCUGAAAGUCUUGAUGACAAGAUGUGCUAAUUCUCGAGCCUGAUGGUUGUAAAGAAUUUCUAUUGGUAGUGCUCGAAACUAGAUGAGAGAGCGAAUAAUAGCCUGGGGAAUUUAAAAACAUGAUAUGGGGUUACUUGUGAAUGGGGACAGUAAUUGCAGAUGGGAUAGGAUUUAUUAUUAGUUGGUAAUAUCUUCAUGUCCUUGAAACGUCCAGUGCGUAUCUUAGCUAUUGUGGAAGAGAGGUUGCUUGAACAGUGACGAUCGGGGAUUGUUGCCUUGCUGCAAAUCCUUCGCUUGGCAACAGUAUUCACGUUUGUGAUGGGGCUGUUAGAGUUUGGUCUUGUGCUUCCUUUGAGGUCUGCACACUCAUUUGUCUCAAUUCCGACAUAAGCUGGGGAUCCACUGUAGAAUUCAAAGUAUCGAUCGAUAAUAAAUCUUAUUUAUGAACAUUGAAUACAAAACAUGGUAUAAAACACAGAUACGCGGUUACAUAGCUUCGGGGAUAGUCCAUAUGGAUAUGACAUGGGCUCUGAAAUUCACCGGGAAAUAGAGCAAUUGCUUCUGACGCGCUGAAGAUCUUGUUGCUGAGAGUGAAUACAAUGUACGCAUUCUUUCUUCUUCAUCUAUUUCAUAUGUGGCUUUAUUUCUUAAAAUAAUAGUUGGGAUUUUAAUAAGGUAAUGAAUACUUCCUAAUGUGUAACUACAAUUUAGUUCCAAAGUACACAUUGAAAAAAAAAAAAAAAAAGAAACAAGACCUGUGUAAAAGUAUUUGAGAUUAGUAGUUCUGAUUAACUAACAAUAUUAUUAAAAAGAACACAAUUGAAGGUCCAGUACAUAUCAUAAAUUUUAAAAGUGAUAAAUUUGGAUCAAGCACAUAAAAAAUGUGUAUCCUUUUUAUUUAUACAUCCAAUAAAUCUCAUUUUAAGUUGCUAGUUUCCACAUGACUAGGUGUUGGUGGCUAAGGGAACAAAACUUACCUGUCAAUUAUUUUAGGUAAGUUUUAUUAACUGUCAAUUUAUAGCAGGACAAAGCUGUACGUUGUAACUGUGUCAUUCAAAAUAUUAUAUUUCAAAUUGUUGUAUUGUAUCU